GCCAAGCAGGAACGGAAGUUAGUUAAGUAUCAACAACCUGAAUUUACAACUUCAGCGAAACUUCACUGCGGUCUGAAACGCUUGUUUUUAUGAGGUUUUCGAAUAGCGUUUGUUCGCGUUAGGAGUUCUCGGCGCAUUAUGGAGGAGGUUGUCUGCUACGCGCCGUGGGAGCGGUGUGUUUUCGUCCUUGGAGUCGGUGGCUAGUUGUUGAACUGCUUGCAGAAGCUAAGUUGGCUAACUUGAUCUGUCAGCUGACUCGUUUUGACAGCAAGCCUUCUCUUAAUAUGCCCCGACAUUACUCUGUGCUCAGUUUGAAGAGGCUGCUUGAUGUGGCCUCGCUGUGUGUUCCCCGGUGUUGACUCGUCCAGGCGCUUCGUUUGUUCGCGCUGAGAAGGUGAACGUAGCUCUUGGCUCGCAAUGUCCCCGCAGCUGCUUCUACCUGUCAACUAGCUGCCUCCUCUCCUCCGCCUCCCGCUGAUGGCCCACUGCGUCCCGCCCGAGCCGACCGCAAAGGUCCAGUCUCCAGAGAGUAUCCCGCCGUCCCAGGUCAGCGUGGACCAGAGCAUGAGGCCGGUGCUGUUCGAGAUCUUCGGCGAGAUCUGGACCGUUCAGUCGCGACUCGGCCAGGGAGUCUCGGCCUCGGUUUACCAAGUCAGCUCUGGCAGAGCCGCCACGGCCGCCGUCAAGGAGUUCCAGGCCGACUCCCAGGGAGGCGACUACGGCUACCACAAAGAGAGGGCCGUGCUGGAGGACAUCCAGGGACACAAGAACAUUGUCACGCUGUAUGGCGUGUUCACCAACCACAACUGUGUGGGUGUCGCUACCCGCUGCCUCCUGCUGGAGCUCCUGGACGUCAGCGUGUCUGAGCUGCUGGUGAGGCGCAGUAGUGGUGCAAAGGGUGGUGGGAGAGCCCAGAAGGGCCACUCCAUGUGGCUCGUGCAGCACUGUGCCAGAGACAUCCUGGAGGCUCUUGCCUUCCUUCACAGGGAGGGCUAUGUCCACGCUGACCUCAAACCACGCAACAUCCUCUGGAGCGCUGACGACGAGUGCUUUAAGCUCAUCGACUUUGGCCUGAGCUUCAAACAGGGAAACCAGGAUGUCAAGUACAUCCAGACAGACGGGUAUCGUGCCCCGGAAGCUGAGCUGCAGAACAGCCUGGCCCAGGCUGGGAUGGAGGGAGACUCUGGGUGCACAGCUGCCAUCGACCUCUGGAGCCUGGGUGUCAUCCUGCUGGAGAUGUUCUCAGGAAUCAAACUCAAAGACACUGUCCGCUCGCAGGAGUGGAAGGACAACAGUGUUGCCAUCGUCAACCACAUCUUUGCAAGUAAUGGCGUGACGUGCCCUGCCAUCCCAGUUUAUCACCUCAGAGACCUUAUUAAAAGCAUGCUUCUCAACAAUCCAAAACAAAGAUGCACAGCUGAAGCUGCCCUGCUGAGCCCGUUCUUCAGUAUUCCCUUCGCGCCGCACAUAGAGGAUCUGGUUCUACUGCCUUCACCUGUUCUGCGUCUGCUCAACUUGAUCGAUGACAGCCAUCUGCACAAUGAGGAAGAGUAUGAAGACAUCCUGGAGGACAUGAAAGAGGAGUGCCAGAAGUACGGCUCAGUGGUUUCUCUGCUCAUUCCUAAGGAGAACCCUGGGAAAGGGCAGGUGUUUGUGGAGUACGCCAACUCCAGCGACUCUAAAGAAGCUCAGCGGCUGCUGACGGGCCGCACCUUUGAUGGGAGGUUUGUCGUGGCCACCUUCUACCCGUUGAGCGCCUACAAAAGAGGUUACCUCUACCAGACGGUGCAGUGAAGAUCAGUCCGCACCUCUAUAUCCGUCUCAUCUAAAGAAAACUAGGGAUGUAAAGCGUUGUGUUUAGGCUGAGAUCCACUAUACUUAUAUUUGCAACACCUGGAAGCUGACUUUAGCUCAUCGAGCCUCUUCUGUAGUCGAAUUGGAAUAUCGAUUCGGCUCUAACGGAGAUGACUUAAAGUUGGAGGCACUCUGACAAUAUAUUUAUGUUUGUAAGAUGAGUUUACUGUCAUCUUUGUGCAGCAUUUGGAAACAAAAAAUGAGACUUUAUUCCAAUUUAACACACAGACGCGGCGCUUACAGGCUUAAUCUGCAUGUCUCUGCCAUUGCUGAGGUUUCACUAAACCAUAUAAGGCCUGUAAAGCUGACAUGCUGACCAUGUUGCAAAGUGCACCACAAUGGCGGCGUCUUCUCAUUUUCAAAUGCAGCAGCCAUGAGCAACUGCAGUGCAGUUCGAUUCAGUUUAGAAGUGAGUUUAACUGAGAGAAGUGCAUGUUGCUCGCUUAUCUGUUCCCAUGGCGGGCAGAGGCUGAAUCUGGCUGCGAGGUGUUUGUCGUCGUGUGCAGACAUCCACCCGGCGCUUCUGCCUGAACACAUCUGGCUCAUUUAAUGAUCAACGUGGGCUGCAGGAGAACCUCGGCUACGUUUGCUUUCAGCAGUGCUUUAUGAAUAUCUAAUGGAAAAACCUAAUUUAAAGUUAUGCGUCAGGGAUGUCAUUUGUUUUCCGUGUGUCGUGUGAUUUAGAUGUUUUCAGAGCUUCAAAAUCUAAUUCUAAAGAGAUGAAUAUGCAGAUUAUCAUCCCUGUAAGAUGAACAUUCACUGUGGUGAACGCUAGUGUGCGGUGUUGUUGUUAAAGCAGUUCUUUUAGCAUCUAUUUAUAUUGUCUAUGUUUGGCAUUUUGAGGCAGAGGUGUGGUACUGAGGGAUAUUCUGCCCCCCUCUGGCUGCUCGAGGGAAGAGGUAGUUAAGAGCAACCUACUAGCCUAUCGGCUCCUCUAGCAUUAUCUGAGCAAGUGAAGGGCUUCCAGGACCCUGUUCUGUAGCAUUUCCUUAUUUUUCUUCCGACUGUGCUUCCAAUCAUGAAAACCUGGCUACAUGCUUUCAGUGUAGCACUGAAACGCCACAAGAACAGCUACACAUUUCAGACCACAACCUGACUCCAGGGUUCCUACACAGUGUGGGAAAGGAUGCCAUGGAUUUCCCUAUUUUCUUGUGCUGGUUCAGUAUAGAAAACUGUGUAGAGUAUGGAUAAACCUUGUUUUUCUCCUUCCUCCCAUCUUUCCAUCCAACUUCUUUCUUAAAGUCUGUUUUUCCUUUUGUCCCUACCACCUUCCUUUGUUCUGGCUUUGCUUGGGCCUUCCUACCCUCCUCCUGUCCUUUCUAUCCCUCCUACCUCGUGUCCUUCCUUCCUUCCUUUGUUUUCCAUUUAUUAGUGCACUUGCUUGUAUCAUUAUUUCUUCUUUUCACCCUAAUCUAUGUCCUCUCCUCCAUGUAGACUCUAGUUAUUGUAAACCUGCCCACUUUAGAAACAUCCAUCCAUUUUUUAUAACUGCUUAUUCCAGAAGUCAGUGGAGGGGAGGCAAGGUACAUCCUAGACAUGUUACCAGUUCAUACUGAAGAAAGAUCUGCCAUAAAUGUAUAGCAAAACUUUGCAUUUGUGUUUUAAAAUGGGGUAGUAGAACCAACUCUGAUAUUUAGAGUCUGGAACCAUCUGUAAUGUUUACAGUAAGACCGUGUAGGAACCCUGUGUAACAUAUAUUUACAUAGUAACUACGUGUUUCUACUUCAGGAAAUAUAGUUCUACCAAAAGUUUAAAAGAAAGUCUUCUAACUUCAGCUAUGAGCACUUUCAGUUUUGAUUUUAACUUGGAGAGGAGACAUUGCUCCAUGAAUCAGAUGCAGAUUCAAAGUGAACCGUGCAGCCAUUACUCAGCUACAGAAGACUGUGACAAGUUUCUGUUGUUGGCACCAUUUUUAUAUUCUACACAUUGCUCCUUUAAAGGUUGCACAGUCCGGUUGGAGGUUCUGCAAAGGCCGCUGAAGUGACUGGGAGGAAAAAAUUUCCAUGUUUGACCAUCUCCUGCGGGGUUGGGUUAGUUAAAAAUUAUUUUCAAACUACCAUAGAAAGUCCUGAUUUCUUGAGGCCGAAGCAUCUUCCAUCCUGACUGCUUCAAGGCACAUUAAUCUGGAUAGUUUUGCAGCGUUAUUGAGUUGCUGCUGCAGAACUAGCAGUUCCUGAGUUCUCCUUCGUCUUUCAGUAACAUUUUUAUGCUGUUGUCCACACCACUGAAAAUCAAAUGAUCUAUCCAAGUGCCAGAUGAACGUUCAAAAUGCUGCUGUAACAACAGGAACUGGCAAGCAUCUGAGAGUAUGUUUGUCUUUUAGUGAAGAACACUACACAUAAAAGAUCAGUUCAAAUUGAACAAUCCUUUGGAUUAAAGACACAGAAAUAGUCUCUGCAGCAUUGGCCUCGGCAGAAAAUCUGCUCCAUGACCACUCCUGUAUCCUCUGCCUUAAACAAGAACUCUCCUCCAGCAGACAGUUUAAUCUGCCUAGUAACAAGCCUUAGUGCUACAGGAUGAUGGUAGUCUAUUUCAACCUUUUUAGAAAACAGCGGCACUCGUCACAUGCCAAGAAAGACGUGGUUGGUACGGUGUGUUUGAUUGUGUAUGUCUAAAUGAGCUUACCUGGUUAGUAAUGCUAACAUAUAGCGACUGGUCACCGUUCAGUUAGCGUGCUACUUAACGCUAACAGAUGACCGGUAACGGGUAAUAAGUCUGAAAACAGUUUGUUUUUUAACUGAGAGACAUUAGUUUAGCUUGUAAGUUGUAACUUUAAUCACUCCUAGCUCCUCUUCAGAGUGUUGACAGGCUGGAG